CUGGCGAGAGCAGUGUUGCUUGCAUCUCAGCAUCCAGAAUACAUUCACCGUUGACAUAACAUGCUGAUACAUGUCUGGCACAGAUGUGACGGCCCUGAGCGAGGAAUCGUACCUCGGUCCUUUAUCACGACUAGCUCAAAAAGCCCAGGGCUUUCCCCACAUUCAUGAUGCACACAGCAGCGCCAUGCGAGUCGUCGGGAUGCGCGCUCUUUGAGGACAAGCCCGAGCCUGACCUCUACGGGAACCUCACGCGGCAAUUGCAUUGAGUGCUUCGUCGCCCUCACCUUCCAUCCCCCUCCACUCCCCCCUCACAAUGCCCUUCCACCCGCCCUCAUGGGUGCCACAGCUCCCCUUCGACCCGCCCGAUUCGUGCACCGUCGCCGACUUCAUGUUCGACGAGAACUAUGGUCGCUACCCACUCGGCUACUCGAAGCCACCUUUUACGUGCGGGAUCUCAGGCAAGGAAUACUCGACGCUGGAGGUGAAAGAACGGGUUGACUUCCUCUCGCGAGGGUUGGCAAAGGAAUUGGGAUGGAGUCCGAAUGUUGGAACGGAAUGGGACAAAGUGAUUGGCGUUUUUAGUGUGAAUACUCUGGAUACCCUUCCCCUGGCGUGGGCGACCCAUCGUCUCGGUGGGAUACAAACACCCGCCAAUGCCGCCUAUUCCGCUGCCGAACUCGAGUUCCAAUUGAAGAACUCGAGUGCGAAAUGUCUUUUUACAUGUCUCCCAUUGCUCAAGACAGCUCUACAAGCGGCUAGCGGUGCCGGUAUAUCCAAGGAUAGAAUCUACAUUCUAGAAGUACCGAAGGAGGCGACUGGUGGACAAGGCACUCCAGCAGGCUUCAAGACCGUCGACGACUUCAUCAAGGAGGGGGCAGGACUCCCACGGUUAGAGGCAUUGAAUUGGGAGGAUGGGGAUGGCGCACGGAAAGCCGCGUUUCUAUGCUAUUCGAGUGGGACAUCGGGCUUGCCGAAAGGCGUUAUGAUUUCCCACCGCAAUGUAAUCGCAAACACUUUGCAGAUGGCUACAUACGACAAGCCCGACCGGGAUAAGCUAAGAGAACCUGGAAGUCAAGUCGACUAUAUCGAGACCACCCUGGGUCUCCUCCCAUUCAGCCAUAUAUACGGCCUGGUCGUGAUUUGUCACGCGGGUAUCUACGUGGGUGACGGGAUAUGUGUACUACCCAAGUUUGAAAUGAAGCAAUUUCUGGAUGCGGUCGAACGCUUCAAGGUGUCGAUGCUAUAUCUAGUACCUCCGAUUAUCAUCGCUAUGACGAAGAACAAAGCCGUUCUGGACAAGUACGACCUAAGCCAUGUCAGAGCCAUCUUCACCGGUGCUGCACCACUUGGUAAAGAAACAGCAGAAGAUUUGCAGCGGAUAUUCCCGAAAUGGGCCAUCCGACAGGCCUACGGCCUCACCGAAACCUGCACCGUGGUCUGCUCCACCAGCCCCCAUGACGUCUGGUACGGCUCCUCGGGCUCUCUCCUCCCAGGGAUCGAAUGCAAAAUCGUCACCACCGAAGGCGUCGAAGUCGAAGGCUACGACCAGCCCGGCGAACUCUGCGUCAAGUCCCCAAGCGUCGUGCUCGGCUACCUCAACAACGACAAGGCCAACAAGGAAACCUUCGUCGACGGCUUCAUGCACACGGGCGACGAAGCCGUGAUCCGCAAGUCCCCAAAGGGCCAUGAGCACGUCUUCAUCGUCGACCGCAUCAAGGAGCUCAUCAAGGUCAAGGGCCACCAAGUCGCCCCCGCGGAGCUGGAGGCCCACCUCCUCACCCACCCCGCCGUCAACGACUGCGCUGUCAUCCCCGUCCCAGACGACAAAGCUGGCGAGAUCCCGAAAGCGUUUGUGGUCAAGUCGCCGAAUGUGUCGCUCGAGGAGAGCGACCGCAUGCUCGCGCGGCAGAUUGUGAAGCAUGUGGAGAAGCAUAAAGCGCGUUAUAAGUGGAUCACGGGGGGAGUGGAGUUUAUUGAUGUGAUUCCAAAAUCCCCGAGUGGAAAAAUUCUAAGGCGGUUUUUGAGGGAUAAGGAGGUUGCGGCGCGGAAGAAGAAGGGGGCGAGGCUGUGAUCACGUGGAUUCGGGAUGGUUGGACUGGGGUGGAGAGUACCUUGGAUGUGGGUGCUAUGGGGGGUUGGGAGAUAGGAUGUAUAUAGUCCGAGACGCAAGCCUGAGUUGGUUUGACUGAACAAGUCCUCGAAUAUUGUAAAAUGUGCGCAUCGUUUGACUCAGUAACGAUCGCCUUUGUGGGGAGCCUCCGUGUCUUGGGAAGUGGGGGACCCUGUAUGAGUCCUGUCGACUAAAGCACUAGAACACGAGGCUACAUUCCCUUGCCCCCUUUCUAGGCAGUUUCAAUACAUUAUCAAAAACUACCUCCAGG